AUUACUCAAACAUUCGCUGGUCUUGGAAGGUGUUUGGUGAUUUAAGUUUUUCCACAAAAGAUUUCACUGCUGUGUCUAAAGUCGAAAAUGUUUAAGUUACUGUUUCUUCUAUGCAUUGUCGUGAAUAAUUUUCAGGUAAACGAAGCAAGUAGAUGUCCAUCUGGUUGGACUUAUCUUCGUCAAUCUUGCUACUACUUCAGUACAACCAAGACAACAGGAAGCAAAGCCAUUCUUAAAUGUCAACGCAUGGGAGGAUAUCUUGCUCUUCCAAAGAACUUGGUUGAGAAUAACGCCAUUUACAGUGUUGCCAAAAAUAAAAAUCUGCAUAGACCAUUUAUUGGUUUGUUUCGUAAUAAAUACGACAAGCAAUUUUAUACAAUGCAACAUACCCUGCCUGCGUUUAUCAAUUGGUCUCCCAAAGAACCUAAUAAUGUUGGAAACAAAGAGAAUUGCGUCCAAUUUUUUCCGAAAGGCAAAUGGAAUGAUGAGCCAUGCUAUCGUUCUUACCACUACAUUUGUCAACGUAAUCCAUGCGAUUUUUAAAAUGCUCUUGUACUUGUGAAUGAUUUAAUUUCUUCGUCUACGAAGAAAGAACAGAAAAGGACAGUUUGAUGGUGGACGUUGUUUUAGAGGAUACUUUACUUAUGAUACAUUAUAAAGCAAACACUAUAUAGAUCUCACUAGUUUACAAAUUGUAAAGAUUUUCAUUCGAGCCAGCUAAUAAAUAGUACAUUAAAACUACCAUUAACAUUA